UUGUGUAAAGACGUUUAGCAUUUCAUAAUGCGAAGCCUUUACUUUGAAAGUUGUGACCGGAAGUUGCAUUUUGUGCUUGUUGAGCUUGAUCUCAUAGGAUGCUGAAGGCUGCAGGCUCAAUCUGACCCCGCAGUCACUCCUGAAGCCAGGAUAAGGAGUAAUAAUACCGUACUGUCUGGAUAAACUCGUCUUGAACCGUAUUUAGAGAAACAUUUGCCUUAAAAAAGCCUUAAUUUUCUUUAACUGUUAACAUAUUUACGACUCGGGAAUAAGAUACUGUCUCAAUGGAGAUAUCGUCCUGAUGAUUAUCCACUCAUGAGCGGCUGUCAUACUAUCACUGAGCUACAUUUUAGCCUGUUUUUAAAAAUAUUUUUUUUUUGCUGCUUUUUUCCCGUUGCUGUGAGUAGUUGAACACAUGGUGCUGUGAUACACCCUGUCUUACUGAAACUGAAGGGAUAGAAGACAGACGACACACGGGCAUACAACCGCUCCGUGAUGGAUAAUGCUCACACUAAGACGGUGGAGGAGGUUUUGGGCUUCUUCGGCGUAAAUGAGUCUACAGGUCUGAGCUGUGAGCAGCUGAAGAAGAACAGGGAGAGAUGGGGACCCAACGAGUUGCCAGCUGAAGAAGGGAAGUCACUCUGGGAGCUGGUUCUGGAGCAGUUUGAGGAUCUGCUGGUUCGAAUCUUGCUGCUGGCUGCAUGCAUCUCCUUUACCCUGGCUUGGUUCGAAGAAGGAGAGGGGACAAUCACAGCCUUUGUUGAACCCUUCGUCAUCCUCCUCAUCCUCAUUGCCAAUGCUAUUGUAGGAGUAUGGCAGGAGCGUAAUGCAGAGAACGCCAUUGAGGCUCUGAAGGAGUACGAACCAGAGAUGGGUAAGGUGUACAGACAGGACAAGAAGAGCGUCCAGAGAGUCAGAGCCCGAGACAUUGUUCCUGGAGACAUUGUGGAAGUCGCUGUUGGUGAUAAGGUCCCAGCGGACAUCAGGCUGACGUCCAUCCGUUCCACCACUCUGAGGGUGGACCAGUCCAUUCUGACGGGGGAGUCUGUGUCAGUGCUCAAACACACAGACCCUGUACCAGAUCCCCGAGCUGUCAACCAGGACAAGAAGAACAUGCUCUUCUCUGGUACCAACAUUGCAGCUGGACGAGCCAUCGGGGUUGUCGUGGCAACAGGCGUGCAAACAGAGAUUGGGAAAAUCCGAGAUGAGAUGGCCUCCACCGACCCGGAAAGGACCCCACUACAGCAGAAACUAGACCAGUUUGGAGAACAGCUGUCUAAGGUGAUCAGUGUGAUCUGUGUGGCAGUGUGGGCCAUCAACGUGGGACACUUCAAUGACCCGGUCCAUGGAGGCAGCUGGCUGAGAGGAGCUGUUUACUACUUCAAGAUUGCUGUCGCACUGGCUGUAGCUGCCAUACCGGAAGGCCUCCCAGCAGUCAUAACUACCUGCCUGGCACUGGGCACCAGGAGGAUGGCCAGGAAGAACGCCAUUGUCCGCAGCCUGCCAUCAGUGGAGACGCUGGGUUGCACCUCUGUUAUCUGCUCAGACAAGACAGGAACACUGACCACCAACCAGAUGUCAGUCUGCAGGAUGUUUGUUGUAGACAGUGUGUCGGGGGAGCGCUGCAGGCUGAGCGAGUUCACAGUGACUGGAUCUACUUACGCCCCUGAAGGGGAAGUUUAUAAGGAUGGCUCGGUGGUAAAGUGCAGCCAGUAUGAAGGCCUGGUGGAGAUGGCGUCCAUCUGUGCACUGUGCAAUGACUCAUCACUAGACUACAAUGAGGCAAAGGGAGUGUAUGAGAAGGUUGGGGAGGCCACAGAGACUGCCCUCUGCUGUCUGGUGGAGAAAAUAAACGUGUUUGACACCGACCUGAGAGGACUGAGCCCUGCUGAGAGAGCUACAGCGUGUUGCUCUGUGAUUAAGCAGCUGAUGAGGAAGGAGCUGACACUGGAGUUCUCCAGAGACAGGAAGUCCAUGUCUGUCUUCUGCUCGUCCAAUAAACUCACCAGGUCUGCCUCUGGAGCCAAGAUGUUUGUCAAGGGAGCUCCAGAGAGUGUGUUGGAGCGCUGUAAUUACAUCCGGCUCAGUGGUUCUGCCCGCGUGCCUUUGAGCCCUGCGGUGCGAGAGCAGCUCCUGUCCACCGUGCGGGAGUGGGGUUCAGGCCGAGACACGCUCCGUUGUCUCGCCAUGGCGACCAGGGACACGCCCCCUGACAUUCACAGCCUUAGCCUGGAGAACUCAGCCACCUUUGCUAACUAUGAGUCGGACCUGACCUUCGUUGGCUGUGUGGGCAUGUUGGACCCCCCCAGAAAAGAAGUGCUUAGCGCGGUCCGAAUGUGCCGGCAGGCCGGCAUAAGAGUCAUCAUGAUUACAGGUGACAACAAAGGGACGGCCCUGUCUAUUUGCCGGAGGGUUGGCAUCAUCACGGAGCAGGAGGAGGAGCAGGAGGGUGCCGGCAUCAGUGGAGGCCUGACGGGAAGAGAGUUUGAUGAGCUGCCCCCGCACCUGCAGCGUCAAGCCUGCAGGACGGUGCGCUGCUUCGCCCGGGUGGAACCAGCACACAAGAGUCGUAUAGUGGAGUACCUGCAGAGCCUGAGUGAAAUCACCGCCAUGACAGGUGACGGGGUUAAUGACGCGCCGGCAUUAAAGAAGGCAGAGAUCGGCAUUGCUAUGGGCAGCGGCACGGCAGUGGCCAAAUCUGCCUCUGAGAUGAUCCUGGCUGAUGACAACUUCUCCACUAUCGUGGCUGCAGUGGAGGAGGGCAGAGCCAUUUACAACAACAUGAAACAGUUCAUCAGAUACCUGAUAUCAUCCAACAUAGGAGAGGUGGUCUGUAUCUUCCUGACGGCCGCGCUCGGCAUGCCUGAAGCACUGAUCCCAGUCCAGCUGCUGUGGGUCAACCUGGUCACUGAUGGUUUCCCAGCAACAGCUCUGGGCUUCAACCCUCCAGACUUGGACAUCAUGUCCCGCCCUCCCCGCUCCCACAAAGAGCCGCUCAUCUCCAGCUGGCUGUUCUGUCGCUACCUCAUCAUUGGAUGUUAUGUGGGAGCAGCCACUGUCGGAGCUGCUGCCUGGUGGUUCAUGGCAGCCCACGAUGGACCAAAACUUUCCUUCUAUCAGCUGUCCCACUACCUGCAGUGCAGCGAAGGCCACGUUGAGUUCGCCGGCGUGCAGUGUUCAGUCUUUGAGUCUCCUUAUCCCAUGACCAUGGCCCUGUCUGUCCUGGUUACCAUAGAGAUGUGCAACGCCUUAAACAGUCUUUCAGAGAACCAGUCCCUGCUGAAGAUGCCUCCGUGGUCAAACCCCUGGCUGGUGGGGGCCAUCUGUCUGUCCAUGGCUUUACACUUCCUCAUUCUGUAUGUAGACCCACUGCCGGUGGUAUUCCAGAUACGCCCUCUGUCGUGGCCUCAGUGGGUCGUGGUGCUGAAGAUGUCCAUUCCUGUCAUCUUGAUGGACGAGGCUCUCAAAUUUCUGGCCCGCAACUACAUCGAGCCAGGAAGCCAGAUCCAGUCACUUGAGGAGGAAGAGGAGCUGCAGAGGACGAGGGCUAACGCAGGAUUGGUUGGAGCCAUGACGAGAAGGCUACGUCAAUCCCUGAGGGGCGUGUCCUGGUCAUUCGUGUUGAUCUCCGCGCCGCUGGUGAUCUGGAUCUUCAGCCUGGACUCUGACAUCACCAACAUCUUUUGGGAGUGAUGGGAGAAAAGGAGGACGGGCUGACUGUAGGGGAAGCACUGAAAGACGGGAAGAGGAAAGCUAAAGAAGAAGUGGUGGAAUAAAAGGUGGAGGAUUGGGGAAAGGAAUGUGUGAGGAUGAGGAUGAGAGAAACAAAGAACAAAGAUGAGGAAUACUUUGCAGAGAUAAGAGGAUGUAAGAGUUCAAUAUUUGGCCAACAGACAAUCAGAACAUAAGAAGAAAGAUAGUGCAAGGUAGUUUUAGACCAUCUCUUUCUCAAUAAUUAAAGGUGCUAUGUGUACGUAGCUAAUCUAAGCUAGUCUCUCUUACUUACUUGUAUGAGCUUUCCCUUGUUUUUGGCUCUAGGGACACCGUUGUUGGUCCUGCACUUUGGUCCAGAGUGAAUUCAGAUACCUCUGAAGGUGUACUGUAAUGCUAACACAGCAUGCCUAAGUUCCCAUUCGCAUGUUAGCAUGUUUGUCGUGUUGUAAAGCAAUUCAGCAUUUAAACGUCCUUCCAAAUUUGACGUUACAGCUUUAAGACCUUAGUGUAAACGUGUAAAUCUGUUGCUAGGAAACAUCCGUAGCACUGUCCAAUCGAAUACAAUCAACAGGAAGUCAUUGUUGUCAGAAGCUGUAAUAUAAUUCCCUAAACUGACAGUUUUAGACAGCCAACAGUAUGUGUUUGCCUGACAACCUUUUAUAAAUGUAGGGAUGGCUUUGCUCUGUUUGAAGGUUAGUAGUGUUCACAUAGGUUAGAGUGGGGGGAAACAUAAGCUAACCAACCAUUUAGCGUUAGAUUAUCAGCAUUACAUUUUGUAAUUUGAGAUAUAUUGUGUUCUUUGUGAAAUGUAACUUAACUUAAAUCUAACGUCUACUCAGUUAUUGUCUUCUAACAGUUUUUGUCAAGUGUAUAGUCGGAUAUAUCAGAUAUUUUACAUUCCAGUCUAAACUCUUCAAAUAUUGUAAGUUAACAUUUGGUCAGCUAGCUAAGAAAAAGGUUCCACCCAGCAGUUACUGGGUGUAAAUAUUACUAACAACUAAUCUGUAUGUAGGAACUACUUGGCGUGGUAGCAUUGAACUUUGGAAAAGCUGGUGCACCAGUACCAGUACUUCAAAAUAAAAAGGCAAAGAUUAGAGAUGAGGAAAAUAAUUUGUGUAGCAGAAAGUUGACCUGACCCCCAGGUUGGAAAGCACUGGUGUAGAUGUUUAAUGAGUUCAGAGUAAUCAAACUAAGUACACAUAGCACCUUUAUAGAUGAAGAUUUCUGGUUGAAAAAAGGAUGUGUUAGAAGAAAGGGAAAAGCAUAGAGAGGUCCAGAAUCAAACACCAACACACACACUAACGUUUCAUUCACCAGUAAUAAUAUGUACUCAGUAACAGGUGAUAACUAGAUGUACAAUAGAAUCUCCCAAAUGGCAGCCGCUGCAGUCUUAAUGCUGCAGUGCCAUUCAGUCACAUUAAUGUUAGGACUUACUGUAGAUACAGUAAACAAGCAUUUAACCAGUGAAGGAAGACUGUUAGCAGACCAUUACGGAACACAUGUCAGUACACAUCACACAUUGCUAACAUGCUUCAAAUCAGCCCGAGACUGUUAGAUUCUGCAGAAACACAUCGUUUCCUGCAGAGUCUGGGAUGUGCUCCUGCUGUCUACAGGUUGUGAAAAGGAUUCACAGGUCUGAAACUGGUUUGGUUUCAUCAUAGCAUUUCAAUUCCCAAAGGCAAGUCACUAAGGGCCCUUUCACACCUACCUCCUUGUUUGAUCCAAACUGAAAUUACAGGUGUGAAAACUCCCACGCACAUUGGUCCGACCACAAUAGGUCGUCUCCGUCCGUACCAAAUUAAAUCAUGGUUCUGUUCGUUUCAUGCUUAAAAAACCUUUUUUUUGGAUGGUUGGACCAGUUCAAGAAAGUUCUGGCAAUUGUCCCAGGAGGAGGAUGUUCAUUUGGCAAAACUAGUCUGAAGAAAUAAAGUCGUGCUAGGGCAGCGUAUUAGCAAGAAUCUGGCAAUAUGAUACGUAUCACGAUACAGUGGUUAAGAUUCAAUGUAUUGUGAUACUAUAAGCAAAAGCAAUAUUUUGCAAUUGUUUUUAUUGUAUGCAUAAAAGUUGAGUUAAAAAUUGCAGCAAAUGCAAGUAGAACAGUGGAAUCAGCUUUUAUAUUUCUCACAGUCUCUGUAACAUCUAGCAUCAUAGCCCUCAGUUAGUUUACAACACUGCUAUCUAGCAUUUGGAGGUUCAAACACAAAAUUCUCUUUUUGAGAAUCAAUACAAUAUAUUAUAAUAUAUAUAUAAUAUUGCAAUACGAUAUUUUUUAAUAUUAUCUUACACCCCUAGUUGGUGCUGCUGGUAGUAAUGCCAUAAUAAUAAUAAUCAAGCAGCAGUGAAAUUAAUCUGUUCAUUUUUCUCCACUCAUUCAAUGCUGACAUCACGCGUCUGUCUACAAACCAAUCAGCUGCAAGUAGAGCCGCAGCUCACGCAGAUUAUGGACUGUAAAUCAUGUAUAGUUCUUUAGUGCAUUUGCACAAACCAAAGCUAACCAGAUAAAAUGUAUACAAUAUAAGAAAAACACAAAUUGUGGUUUGGACUUUGAGGUGUGAAAAGACCCUUAGACCCUCACUCUGCUCGAUCUACAGUUCAGUAUCCUUUGUUGUAUUUUUUAGUUGAUUGUUACAGACACUGAAAAGCUCUCAGUCUUAAAUGUAACUUGACUUGAAAAGGCUUUUGCUAUUUCUUUAGACAUUCUGAGGCUUCAUAGACUUACUGAAGCUGAAUGUAAGCCUUCACAGCAGGAUGAAUGAGUUCUAUAUAUUAUUUCUAUUCAUGGUUAAACACAGUAGAGCUUGUUUUGUACUUCCAGGUACAGUCAGCAUCUCAUUGAUGUGACUGCUACAUGUGCGUAAGAUAAAUGGGUUAAUAUGGUUCUUAAUGUUAUGGCUUUAAAUAUAUUGUAUGUGUUUAUUACUCUCACUACAUACAUCCCGCUCACUACACUGCAGCACUGUUUCUUUCUUUCAGUUCUUUACUUCUCUUCCCUCAUGCCUGUUGACCACAGGAUCUGUGUUAGUGAAUGAUCCCAUACCACAGUCAAACAGUAAGCCUGACAGUGAGUGAGUGUUUCAUUUAAGUGUUUUUUUUCUUUUUUUAUGCAAACCAGUGACCUGUCUGCCAUUUUCUCCAGUGAUGCCAUUGUGACAUCUCACUCUGUUUGCCAUUCAAGGGAUUUUUUUUUUUGUGGAAAAAACGUUUUUUUGAUUCAUUGCAAUAACUGUUGUUGUACAUCCCAUUGUACAACAGUAUUUAGGGACAGAGUUGGAGAAUAAAGCCACAAUAUCUGGAGAAAAAAGUAUAUGAUAUGAAAGUAAAAAUAAAAAAUUAAAGUCAUAAUAUUUUAGGAUGAAGUCAUACUUUUGCUUGCAAGAGGUUUAUGUUUGGUCCUUUUCCUGUGAGCGUAUACAGAUCCAGACAUUUCACCUCUGUCCCACAAAAUCAUAACUUCGCUAAGUGUGGCUUUUAUUCUCUAUCUAUAUUAUGACUUUAUUUAAUAUUAUGAUAUUUUCUAGUAAAAUUUGUACUUUAUUCUGGUCAUUUUUGGACAUUUUCUCAAGCCUACUCUCUAUUAUUGUAAUUUAUUAAUUAAUUUUAUUUUUUUUAACCCUUCCUAUGUCCCGCCCCUUUUUGCUCUGUGCUCCAGUAACAGUUGAGCAAGCCUCGGUCAGAACUUCGGUCUAUCUUUGAACCUUCUUCAAAAUGUGGUUGUCUCUUCAACACAGAGAGCCUAGCACAUAGCAUAUCUAAGUACAGGGAAGGAGAGAGUUGACUGCGGUUCCAAAAGAGGCAGGACGUAAGAAGGGUCUUCACUUUCGUAAUAUUAAGACUCGUUCUCCAAAAAUUUUGACUUCUUGUGAUAUUAUUAAAUAAUUUCAUAAAAUUUUAAAUUUUAUUUCUGGUCAUUUUGUGACUUUUUCUCAUAAAAUUUGUUUAGACCCUAUUCUCAUAACUUUACCAUGUUUUUCUCAAAAUAUUGCAACUUUAUUCUGGAAAUUUUUGUUUUUCUAAAAGUGACCCUGACAGUAGGUCGCAGGGUCUUUAUUUUACUAUUUAAUAAAAACAUAAAGCUGUUGCUUUAGAGUAUAGAAGCAUUCAACUUUCUGAUGUCAAAAGCUGCUCUGGAGGUAAAACCAACUCGCAACAGGAAGUUUCUUUUUUUUGUUUUGUUUUUAAUUACUACUACUUGUUAAUUUUCCAUGCAGACAUUUUUGCUUCUUUGCUGCCCACAGUUCUGCCUCUUGUUUGUUUGUUUUUGUUCAAUUUGUGUUUCUCACAUUCUUGAAAAUUUCAAAAAUGACUAAGAGGACGUUUGUUGCAAUAUAAUAUUUUUGUUUUGAUACCAUUAAGGCAGAGGAAAACUCAUGUAGAUGCACUUAGUAGUGAGUAUUUAUUUUUUAUUAUUUAUUAUUAUUAUUUUAUUAUUAUUGUAUUUUUCUCCAAGGCUGCAUUAUGUCAUGACAGCCCUAAGUCCCCAACAGUUUGUUCUUUAUUAUUAUGGUUAUUAUUAGCUGACUACUGUCUUUAGGAGGCUUUAUAUGGUUCUGUUUAAAUUAAGGUUUAAUAGAAGAACUUCAUAAAAAGAGAAACCACCUUCUUUCCCUCUCUUCCUCUCUGCUCCAUCAACCAACAUUUACACUGCAGGGAGCACCAAUUUGUAGAUUUCAUUUUUCUUUCGUUCACUCUACUGUCCAAGAGUUUGUUGUCAUUGGAAAGGAUGUUACAGGAUAAAAACAACAAUAAAUAAAAACUUCAGGAUUCAA